AAUGGAAGCACUCUUACCCCUGCUCAUGUUCUUCACAGUACCUGGAUAUUCAUAUGUUCUGCAACCAAAAUCGACCGUGACACAGAUCGCUGGGCUGGACAGAGACCACCAGUCUGAGUUGAGAGGUAUUUUUAUAUCGGCAGAGGAGAGGGGAAAUGGGGGGAAGAGGGAGCAGAGGAGUGAAGGAGUGAGUCCAGAGACGAACCCCGUGAGGACGCCUGUCAAGAGGGAAAUGCCUGUGGAGGAGAGAGGAGAAGAUGGGCUGAAAAUGGACAGAAAUCAAGGAUAUGAGAAAGGAAUCAAGGAGAGGCGGAAUGCCCCAAAGUCAAACCCCAAAAACUGGUUACAAGUGAAAAGUCAUAACACAGGGACACAAGAAGAAGAAAAAUAUGAUGACACAGAUGUGAAAUUUGAGCAAACGGAGAAGCCGAGACAAGAACUAGUGGAAGAGGAGAGAAAAAGCAAGCUGGUUGCAGGGAUUAGUGAUUAUUAUGACAGAAGAGGAGACGCUCGUGAGGAUGAAAAGAUAAUUACAUCAGAGAAAAGAGGAAACGAGGAAAGAGAAGAACAGGGGGAGGACGUUAAAAAUGCAAAGAAUAAUGAAUGGAAGGAAAGACAAAGGGAAGAUCACAUACUAGUUCCUCUGUUAAGAACAGCCCCUGCACAAGUGGAAUCAGUGUCUGCAGCAAUUAACACUCUGACUCAAAUUCCUCCUCGUCGUAAUCAUCAUAAUCUCGCUCCACUAGUUCCGGUUACACCCACACUGGUUCCUCCAAUCUCUUCCCUCCCUUCCACCCCUUACGCAAAAACUAGUCCCCAACUUUUUCCUCCUGUCGUCUUUAUUCACAAUCCCUCGGUCUCAACUGUGGUCCCUGGCGAGGUGAGGUCUGUCUCGCCGGUUGAAGAUCUCCUCUUUGAGGAGAUGAAAACUCCUGGAUAUCAUCUCAAGCAGAAUCAGGAAGUGAAGGCUGGUCCAAAUGUAGCACAAGAAAUACACACUGUCGUUCAACCAGAGAGUGAAAUUACCCCCAGUGCGCAAGAAGCAACACCGAAACCCAAAGAAGCAGAAGAUCUAAGCACAAAAGAACCGAAUCGUACGCCAAAGUCAAAUGAAAACAUAUCCACAGCUAAACUGGUCAAUUUUACACAUAAACCAAACAUGACACAGGCCACAGGCAAACCAGGAUCAGAUAAACUGAUGGAAAAUGACACCAAACUCGCAGUGAAGCAAAAUAAAUCGUCUCUUUCCAGACCACCAGUUACCGAACCUUCAGCCAGACCACGGCUGGCAACUGCCAGGACACCUUCAACGAGGCCAACGAAAAUCAACAGAAGCAGUAAAAAUAAGAAGGUUAGAAAGUCCAAGGACAAGAAAAGAAAAAAGGACAAUAAGACCAAUAAAACUCCAUCUGAGAGGAAGAAGAAGGUCACAGCGCCAACGAGCUUUCCUUACUUUUUAGACAACUACUGUCCACCUGAGUGUGCCUGCUAUGGAAGAGUGGUUCAGUGCUCAGAUAAAGGUGUGGGAAAAGUUCCUUACGGCAUUCCCUAUAACGCCCGCUACGUCCUCCUCAUGAAUAACCACAUCGACAGCAUCCAGUUGGACCUGCUCAACGAAUACGUCUCGAUGGAGUUCCUUGUGUUGAGCAACAAUCGGCUCACGGACGGCGCCAUAGAAGGCGCCUUCGAGGGUGUCCCAGCUCUGAAACGCCUCUAUCUGGACAGGAACCUCCUAGAAAGCAUUCCAACGGACCUUCCAUUUUCUCUCGAGGAGCUCCGUCUGGACAAUAACCAUGUUGGGGUGAUGUCUGAGGCCGCCUGGGCCCGCUGCCCCGGCCUCUUGGUUCUGAGCCUCAGCAACAACAGCCUGGGGAACAGAUCUGAAUCUCUUGCUAAUGCAGUGCUCUCUCCUCUGUGCAACCUGCGCACUCUGAACCUGAAUCACAACCAGCUGACAUUGGUCCCCAUGGGUUUACCGCUGUCCAUCAAGGAGCUGUAUCUCAAAGGGAAUCUCAUUGAGCAGUUCCGGGCAGGAGCCUUCAAUGGAAUAUCAGAGCUGGUGGUGUUGGAUCUGAGUGCAAACAGAUUGACAAACAAAGGUCUUCUCAGGGAGUCCCUCCUAAACACAACUAGCUUGGAAAGCCUCAACCUGGAAGGGAACAGACUCAAGCAAGUGCCACGUCACCUUCCCCGCUCACUCAAAACUCUGAAUCUGGAGGGAAACCUCAUAUCUUCCAUAAAGAAAGCCGCUUUCAGCACCGUGAAAAACCUGGAACACCUGGGCUUGGCUCGGAACAAGAUCUUCAAAGUUGCAAUAGGUGCUUUCAGGAUGUUGCCUGUCCUGCACCAGUUAGACCUGUGCCACAACACCUUGCGCCAAGUCCCCCGACAGCUGCCGCAAGGUUUGCACUCGGUCGCACUGACGCACAACAAGAUUCAGUCUGUGCCCCGUGACGCUUUCUGCUGGGGCAAUAAAAGUCUGAGUCCCAGCAGGCUCGUACAAGUGCAGCUGGAACACAAUUUAAUUGACAUGGGCAAGUUGGAUGCACAGGCUUUCAGAUGUUUACGGGGAUUCCAGGUGGUGCACUUCUACUGAGCCACUGACAGAUACACGAGAGGAUUAUAAAAACACUUUGAUUGACACCCAUACUUUUCAAGCUUUAUCCCUUUCAUGUGCCAGAAACCAAUGAAACUUACCAACGGGUUGAAAGAAAUAAACAUCUAUAUAUUUAA